AUGGCGCCUAAGGGACCGCCCGUCUUCUACCCAGCAGGCACCUCGCAGCCCGACUGGAAGCUUCCAAGCGGGGCGCAGGCGCAGUGGCUGUGCGGCACGCCGGGAAAUAGGGUCAGCCCCAAUUUUCCUUGCAGAUGCCCCCUGUGUUCCCACUGGGACAUUUCUGCAUCCUCUCCUUCCUCAAACGCCCUCAGGUUCCAGCCCAAGCCAUGUCACUCACUACAGGUCUAUGAGGACUAUGACUGCACCCUGAACCAGACCAAUAUCAGUGCCAACAACAACAAGUUCUUCAUCAUUCAGCUCCUUGAGUGUAAUGGUACCUACAGUGUCUGGAGCCGCUGGGGCCGUGUGGGAGAGGUGGGCCAGUCCAAGAUCAUGACCUGUGCCUCCCUGGAAGCUGCCAAGAAGGAAUUUGAGAAGAAGUUUCGAGAGAAGACCAAGAACAGCUGGGCAACAAGGGAGAACUUCAUUGCCCAGCCAGGGAAGUACACACUCAUUGAGGUGGAGCGGGAUGUGGGCUCACCUCAGCAGGAGGUGGAGGCUGUCCUCAGGGUGGAUGCUGUGGAUGGAGACAAGAUCUGCAAGCAGCAGGUGCUGCCCUGCAUCUUUGGCAGAGCCACACAGACCAUGAAUAUCAAUGUGAAGAAGAUGCCUCUGGGGAAGCUGAGCAAGCAGCAGAUUGCAAGGGGCUUUGAGGCCCUGGAAGAGCUGGAGGCAGCACUGAAGGAGCAGCCCCCUCAGGCCACUCGCCUGGAGGAACUCUCCUCACGCUUCUACACCAUCGUCCCACACAACUUUGGACGGGCACGACCACCCACCAUCAACUCCCCUGACCUGCUGCGUGCCGAGAAGGACAUGCUGCUGGUGCUGGCCGACAUUGAGCUGGCACAGAGCCUGCAGACACAGAAAAUGAAGGAGGAGGAGGAGGAAGAGAAAGAAGUUGCCCAUCCACUGGAUCAGGAUUACGCCCUUCUCUGCUGCCAGCUCUCCCUGCUGGACCCGGCUUCCCGGGAAUACCAGCUGAUCCAAACCUAUGUGACACAGACUGGGCACAAACUCCGCAUCCUCAACACCUGGCAGGUGGCCCGGGAUGGUGAGGAUGAGCGUUUCAAGGCCCAUGAGCUGCUGGAGCACCGGCGCCUGCUUUGGCAUGGCACCAACGUGGCGGUGGUGGCGGCCAUCCUGAAGAGUGGGCUGCGCAUCAUGCCCCACUCAGGCGGGCGUGUGGGCAAGGGCAUCUACUUCGCCUCUGAGAACAGCAAAUCAGCCAGCUAUGUGGGGAGAACAUCUGACAAUGUUGGCAUCAUGUUCCUGACGGAGGUGGCCCUGGGCAAGCCCUACCGCAUCACCCGUGAUGACCCCACACUGUGUCAGCCUCCUGCUGGCUAUGACAGUGUCCUGGCCUGUGGCCGGACAGAGCCAGAUCCUGCACAGGAUGUGGAGGUGGUGCUGGAUGGCAAGAAAGUGCUGGUGUGCCAGGGCAAGCCCAUCCCCAUGUCUGCCUACAAGGACUCCUACUUCAGCCAGAGCGAGUACCUCAUCUACCAGGAAAGCCAGUGCCGGAUCCGCUACCUUGUCCAGCUCUGCUUCUGAGGGUGCCUGGGAGCACCACGGCCCUGGACCAGCACCAGGUGGUGACACCCAUCAGCCCAGAGCACAGAGUCUGGCUUCUCCAUGCACCCCCACCUGGGGCUUAGUAAGGGACAGGCUGUCAUGGGGACUCAGCUUGCUUUACUGUGAAUAAAAGCACUGUGCCUUGCACCAA